AUGGACAAUUGACGGAUUUGCGGUAUAUUUAUGCGGGGUGUUCUUCGGGAUUUCCUAUUGGGAUUUUACGGGGAAAUUUGGUGAUGUAUGGAUGAUGAAUAAAUUGUGGUCUAAUACUCGGUGCCAUAUUACAUAUUUAUGUUUACAUGUACGUCGUUUAUCGGCACAGCAAAUUCGUUUAUCUUUCUUAGAGUAUUUUAAAGAACAUGAUCAUACAUACGUGCCUUCUUCAUCCGUUAUUCCGGAAGAUGACAACUCCGUUACAUUUGUUAAUGCCGGAAUGAAUCAGUUCAAGCCACUUUUUCUGGGUGCUAAAUUUACGGAAGGCAAAUUUGCUGCUUUGCGUAACGUUGUUAACUGGCAAAAGUGUAUUCGUGUUGGUGGCAAACAUAAUGAUUUUGAUGAUGUUGGCCGUGAUUUGACGCACCAUACAUUUUUCGAAAUGCUAGGAAAUUAUUCAUUUGGUGGUUAUUCGAAGGCAGAAGCGUGUCGGUAUGCGUGGAACUUUCUUACAGAUGUCCUCAGGAUACCAGCUGAUCGGUUAUAUGUAACGUAUUUCAGUGGAGAUGAAAACCUGAAAUUAAAGGAAGAUCAUGAAUGCCGCGAUAUUUGGAUUAAGUUAGGUGUUCCCGAAGAUCGUGUUCUUGGCUGUUGUUUUAAUCAUAACUUUUGGGAAAUGGCUGAAACUGGCCCAUGUGGUCCGUGUACAGAAAUUCAUUAUGAUCUUAUUGGUAAUCGAAAGGCACAAAAACUUGUAAAUUCAAAUAAUCCAACAGUAGUCGAAAUUUGGAAUCUUGUUUUUAUGCAGUUCACCAGGGAUAUGUCAGGCAGAAUCAGUAGUUUACCAACGUUGUACGUAGAUUGCGGGAUGGGCUUCGAACGAUUAGUGAGUAUUGUCCAAGGAUUGCGUUCUGCUUAUGAUACCGAUCUUUUUCUUCCAUUAAUGGAAAUUAUUUGCAAGUAUUCUAAAGUCGGAAGAUAUAGUGGACGAUCGGGGGAUAUCGAUACAGCAUAUCGGAUUAUUGCGGAUCAUCUUCGCGCUGCUUGUAUUAUGAUUUCAGACGGUGUUGAACCUGGUUCACGAAAUCGAGGGUAUCAUCUUCGACGGGUUUUGCGGCGUGCCGCAUUAAAUUUGACAUUAACACUUGGUGCGGAGCGCGGGACGUUGGCAUCUUUAGUGCCUGAUUUUGUUAAUCAUAUAACUUUAUUGUAUGACAGCGUUGCGGCAUGUGAAACUAUAAUAGUCAAAACGGUUAUGUCUGAGGAACAGUUGUUUUGGAAAAGUUAUGACAAAGGCACCAAAUUACUUGAACAUAAUAUUGCAUCUCAGCAACAUAUACUACCAGGAGAAAUUGCAUGGAUGUUGUCAGGAAAUUAUGGUCUUCCACUGGCAAUAAUUCAAAAAGUAUGCAAUGAAAAAGGGUUGAAAGUCGAUGUGGAUGGAUUCCACCAUUGUCUGACGAACUUUCAGAAAACUCAAAAAGCCGAGGAGGAGCCUUGGCAAAAAGUCGAUUUAGAGAAAAUGAUGCUGAGUGGUGUAAAGGCAACCGACGAUUCAGAAAAAUAUUGCUGCAAGCGGAUUAAAUUGGGUGAAUAUGAAUUUCCUAGCAGAACAGGUGCUGUUGUGGCAAUCUUUGAUGUCAAUGGUAAAAGUGUAAUGGCACUUAAGUCGGGAGAAGGAGGAUCUGUCGUUAUGGAUUCGACGGUUUUUUUCGCUGAACAAGGAGGACAGUUGUACGACAGAGGCAUCCUUCGAGAUAGUUUAAAUAAUGUUAUAUUUACUGUAAAUAGUGCUAAAAGGCGGAAUGGUUAUAUCAUCCAUACAGGGGAAGUAGCAAAUGGCCAAACAUUGGAAAAGGGCCUGAACUUGGUGCAAAUUAUAGAUCCUAAGCAACGGUUUUCGCUAAUGUGCGGUCAUACUGCCACCCAUAUUUUACAUUUUGCGCUUGAAAAAGUAUUUGAUGCAUCAGUGCGUCAGAUGGGUUCAUUUAUUGGUCCUGACAAGCUGCAUUUCGAUUUUUUUGUUCCUGAUGAAAAAUUUACCCUUGAGAAGAUCGAAGAAGUAAUGGCAACGGUGAAUAUGAUUAUUGAAAGUAACCUAAAUGUUACGGUAAAAUACAUUUUGCAAAAUGAACUAGGGUCUAUGCACAAGAAUUUCUCUGCCUUUGACAUUUCGCAGGAAGCAGCCUUCGAUGGCUCAUAUCGGAUUAUUACGAUUGAAAGCUCACAAUUACUUGGUCAAGAUAUCAUCGAGCCAUGUUGUGGGACGCAUGUUUGCAAUACAGGUGAUAUCGGUCGAUUUGUUAUAAUUGGACAGAAAUCACGAAGUGCCAAUGUGCGUCGAAUUUAUGCAGUUACAAACACUACUGCUCUAGAAAGUAUUCAUAAUGCGACGAAGCUCAACAAUGAACUGUCUCAUGCGUUGAGCGACUUUAGUGAAACCUUCAUCGAUACACAUAAAUUUAUGAAAGAGUUUCAAAAGAAUCUUCCAUUACCAUCCAAAUCCACAAUAUAUGAGAUGCUUAAAACAGUGAAGAAGAGGAAUAAAUACCUGAGUCGCAAGACUCGCUCAUCUGAUGCGAAUUAGCACAUCGUAAAACUGAUACAUACCUUUCACUGAAACAAUCUUUUACUAUUGCAAUAGUCUUAUUUAAGCAUCAUUUUGUAACAAAAAAAAAAAAAAACUCAACUAGCUUAAAUAUGAUGAAAGAUUCAAGUAAUGCAAACAAAAAUUCUGAUGUGAAAGGUUUUCAUAUCUUCCAG